CACAUUUCACAUACACUUGUGUAGGUACAAGUUGAAGUUUAUAAACAUUACUUAAAUUCGAUUCUCACGAAAAUGGGUUGUCAAUUACAAGUUGAAAAUAGAGAAAAUUGCAGUCAUCAAUUUUACAUAGUUAAGUUUCGCCCUUCUCUUGAAGAAAUCAAAAAAGAAGAGGCCAAGAAAAAAUAUCAAUUUUUGAGUACUAUUGUUCGAUGUCGUAUCAAUAAAGAAAUUGAACAGCUAAAGGAAGAUGAAGGGGAGAUAAUCUGGAAAUUAAAACCGAUUUAUAACCGUGAAUCAUUGAUAAAACGGAAAAGUGAGUCUAUCAGGAGAAGCGAAAGUUAUAUAGCUGGAGACAAACCCCCCAAAAGUUCAGUGCCUACAAGAGUCGUAAAUUUGACAGAUAAAAUUGAUGCUGCAAAACCUAUAAGACCAGAUCAAAAACGUUGUCAAAGAAGGUUGAUAAACAAAGGGCGGAUGGACAUGGAAUAUUUGCAACAAGUUGAGGAAGAACUUCUUUCUACAAAAAAGAUUGGUGGAAUGACAUCCUGUGGUACACAAGAGCUUAACGAUCUGAUCAAAAGUAUGGCUCAAAGGAUCCAACAUGGAAGCAAGAAUAGGAAAGAAGAAAUGAAAAUCCAUGACAAACUAAGAGAGUUAAAGAUAACUAGGGAAAUUUUCACUGCACAAGAACCCAAAACGUCUUAUUAUGGUAGACGCAGUGAGUAUUGGGACAAAAGACAAGAAGAAAGCCAGCGUCGCUAUAAGCAAUCCUUAAAGUCUAUAGUAAAGAAUGACUUAUAUGACCUUGAGAUAAUGAAGAAGAGUCAAAUGGCGUACAAAACAAAGGUCAUGAGACUUGAAGCAAAAUUGCAACAUGUGAAAAAAGACAUUAUUUCAUUACAGAAGGAGCUUGAAGAUGUUCAUUCCCAGAUGAAAAUAAUGUAUAAUCUUAUUCAAAUGGCUCCUAAGUCGCAGGAAACAUGUUAUGAUGAGUAUCAAACGCUAUUGAUGAAUGUGAAAGAUGUUGCCCAAACAAGAGACGUGGCAACAGUAAAACAACUAUGCGAUAUACAGGUUGAAGAGUUCAUGGCACAGUGGAACAAUAACCAAGUAUUCAGGGAUGAUUACAAGAGAAGAAAAGUAAUCAACACUUAAAUGACUAUUUGCAGUCCAAGGACUUAAAAGAUGUUCAAAGUCUGGAACACAUAGAGUAAGGAAACCGAAGUGGUGAUGAGCAUCGAACAGGAGUGAUCAUACCAGAAGAGAUACUUGGACAAACGGUUACAACUCAUAAGGAAUAUGUGACUGUCAAACAAUUGCCGCUACAAAAAAAGUGUCAAACAAUUGAAUAUAAGAACUCAUCUAUCUAUCUAUUAAAAGUAUUGUUAUUUAUUUCUCAUUUUUCAUUCGAAAUGAAAAAAAAAAAACAGAGAGAGAAAACUGUAAUGAUAUUGUGAUUCAAAUGGUGAAUCAUAGUUGUUACUGUAAUUAAACAAUUGGUUGCAGAAUCUAAUUGAAUCCAGUAAGCUAGGGCAAGUAUUGCAGGGUAUCGAUCAACCAAAUCAACAUACCUCUAAAU